AUACUGGCUCAGUACUCUUUGCAAUGUAUUUGUCAUAGAAAAUCAAUAUUUUUGAAGGCCUUGUCCGUCAUUGAUUGCACAUCUGGAAAAUGCUACCGCUAAUUCCCAGAGAACCAUGCUGUGCCCUGGUAGUGUGAGCUGUGUCCUGCAAGCAAAUCCAGAGAUUUCAAGUGAACUCUGGUAGCAAGAACAAAUAGAAAAGACGGUCACUCCUCCCCACUGUCGAAUCCUGUCCAAAUCCAUCUGUGUCGAGUGAAAAGCAAAGAGUAACAAACCCUCCUUGAGCUUUGUUUGGACUCUCACGCCACUCUUUGAUAAAACCCUUCGAAAUGGACGCCCCAUUUCCUCAUCAGCAUAGUGCAAGAAAACUGGACGGUUUCGAGAAUGCUGGGCAUCUCAACGAACACUGGUCAUCCCGUGUAUACCCUGCAAUAAACCUCUUGAACCCAGAAGUCGAAGUGUACAAUUCCCCCACGGGCGAAAGAAUAUGCACUCGAUGCUGCGUCUCCUAUUGCUGCCGGAACCUAUACCUUCUCCAUGUCGAACUCUCCCUCGAACACAACCUCUGCGUCCUCUGCAACUACAAGACGGACUUUGAUCGCUUCGAGGAUCUACAAGAACAUACCGAGCGCGAUCAUUUCUGGUGUGAGAUAUGCAACUGGUACGCACCUUCCUAUGAAGGACUGCAACAACAUUUCAAGCAUUGGCAUAACAUGUGCGAGAUCUGCAAGCAGACAUUCAACAACCAAAGCGAGUUGAUAAGUCAUGGUAACACACAUCGUCCCAUGUGCGUGCCGUGUAUCAUGUGCGGUGAGAAAUUCAACCUCCGAUCUGCCAGUUUCAAUCAUAUGGAAUCCGGGAAAUGUCCCAGCGGAGCCACGAAGGGAGAUAUACGCUUCGUUGUGAGGAAUUUUUGGGAUCAUUUGUGCAUGGAACUAGGGUAUUGGGUACCGGAUACGCAUCUGUUUCACUGUCAGACGUGUCAACGGUAUUAUCAGCGACUCAGUGACCUGUUUCAACACCGAGAGUCGAAGAGUUGUCGAGAGGGAUACUGUAAAGUGAACAGUAUCACAGAGCGGUUGAUGAAUUAUUUGCAAGAACAACUUCCCCUUGUUGUUGAGGCUCGCAAGAAACAAGAAGAGUCGGAGAAGAAGAGACUCGAGGCUGUAUACUCUGCACCCUCUACCCCCUCUGCCCUUGCUGUAGCCUCUGUCCCUGCUGACCUCCUUGCCCCCCCUGUCCUUCCUGCCCAUCCACGGAUCCUUAAGUUGCGUGGGGAACCCGGAAAGUUGCACAAUGAAUUGCAACUUGUCUGCAAAGGUCCAAGGGAGCUUUGA